AUGAUGCAGCAGCGCUGUCUCUAUCGUUGGCAUCGACUUUGUGAUAUGUCCAACCGGCACAAAUACCGCCGCGUAAAACUCCACGGGACCUUUGGACAUGGCAGUGGCUUUCAAAAUGCUCUGGUCGAUCCUGAAGACCCCUCGUUAUGGGGAGUCGUUGCCAACAUGACCCCUGAGCCCCGAAUCACUGAGUCUUUGCUCAGUCAGCCACGAACUAUCGGAAUUCGAAAAAAAACGGCCAUUUUCAACGGGACUCCACUCGACAGAAAGGAUUAUUUCUUUAAGGAGUUCUUGGACCGGGCGAACAGUAUCCCGCAGGAGACCCUGUCUUUCCUUCAUCAUCUUCGAGAGGUCCGAUUUCUUGUCGAUGCCGAUACAAUACUCAACCGCAGUUAUGAGUUUGCGCCCUGUGAUCUGUCUAGCAGCCUCAACUUGGUGCAUGAGCUUCCACCCCAAUCCGCAAAUUAUACUAGCAUUACCAUUCGGAUCUCCGCUAUGGAGUACUACCAUCUAGUGCCUCUCAUCAAGUCCGCCAAGAGACUAGAAGAGUUUACGUAUGCGGUCGGUGGCCGAAGGCCGAUAGCUCGCGCACCCUGCAUUUUCCGCCCAGAUGGCGUCUUCCAGGCGCUCCACUCACACGCUGAUUCUUUGACAAAUCUAGAUUUGGAUGUUGAGGCCGAAACCCCACUGGCGGUGACAUUCUAUCCUGGCAUUUCGGGCUAUGUGUUGGUACACCCAGCGCUCCAGCCAGAGCACAGCUCGCCUCUCGCUCUUCGUGGGCUUACGAAGUUGAAAAAAUUGAGCCUCGGAAUCCAUAUUCUCUACUACCCGUCGCGAGGAAUCGGUGCUGAUCGGGUUGAUGAUGCCUCAUUUGCUAUUGUGGAUCAUCUCCCACCAAAUUUGGAAGCGCUUUGCAUCUAUGGGUACCCCAGAGGGAUGAAACCGCAGGCUAGAGAUCUUCCGGAUGAUGUGUUUGACAGGCAAUUGGAGAGGCUACUUGCUGAGAAGCAUACCAAACUACCCCGAUUGUCAUGUAUCGAGGGCAUUGAUGAAUUCAUCAAAAUUGGGACUACUAUCCAGCAGACAGAGACUGACGAUGAGUAUUGGGAGAGCGAGACAGAUGAUGAGUGGACUGAUCAUGAAUACGAAUAG